AUGUCGCCGCCGCACCUCCAUACCCUGAUGGCCGCCGCGCUUGCCCUCGUAUACCCACUCCUCGCCCUUGUGGCCGUGCAAGCUGCGGACCCACCUCCCCCGGGAACGUCCAAUCACAUCCACCUGAAGAGCCUCGUAGAGCAGUGCGCAUUCAAGCUCGGAAACAUGGGUUUCGACCUGUGCCCGGUCAUUUCAGGGAACGAAGGCGGCUGGAGAGUGGAGACGAUGCGGAAGACGGACCCCACUGUCACCAAGACAGUGUAUAGUAUCGAUCUUAAGGCGCCUCUAGAGAAGCAGGACGGUGUUCCCGGACACGAACAGUGUCCUCCAGGGACCUGGAUUUGUGGAACCAUUUCUAAUCGCCGCCCGCGGCAUGAAGAUGAAGGAUGGCGCGUCCAAGAAGUCACUCCCGUCGCGGGUACUAUGAAACUUUCGAACGUAACUGAAUACCGCCCGGGUGUCAACAUCACCGCUCAGUAUACCCCUUGGCGAGCGGACAAGAACAUACGAGCUUUACACGUCCGCCUGCACGGCGGAUAUCACGCAUAUGGCCAGCAAAUGGCCGAUUUUCAGUUCAUCUGCGACACGAACGUAGAAGAGCCUUCUGUUCCCACAUUUGCGUGGACAUGGAAUGGCACACACACGUUCAACUGGCACACCAAGCAUGCCUGUCCGAAGUGGGUUGAGGCUUCUCCCAGCAAGGGCAAAGACGAGGACAAGGACAAGGACUCCUCGACUCCUCCAGAGGAUAAUGCUCCCCCGCCACCAGACGAAGACCGAGAGGAUGACCCGGCGCCCCCACCUGGCUCGUCCCCUGACGAGCUCUUCGAAGACGGCCGCCUCGACCGACAGUCCGCAAGACGCACCAUGGUCCUUAUUCUCUCAUCGGCAACCGCGCUCGUUGUGCUUGUGUACCUCGCGUGGCGCCCCCCAACCAGGGUACGCCGGGCGGUGUCGCGAUUCGUGAAGAAGCACCCGCGUCUGGCGCGCUGGCGCGUCGGCGAGAGCGUGCUCGUGCGGUGGGCGUACGAGGACCUGGAGUUGCGGGAUGGCGAGGACGAAGGGGAAGAGGACGUGAUGGUCAACUUCAAUGCGCUCGCAGACGUGGACGAAGGCAUUCCGCUCAAGCCGUCGCCUAGAAAGGGGCGGUGGGCGAGUUAUGGCACUACAUGA